CACCACUGCAAAGCGCCCAUCUUCUCCGCAUUUUCCAGCGGCACGGCUGCACGGGUGGGCUGCUGGGGCACCAAACGGGUCGAUUUGCUUGGUCUGUGCGACCUGCUCCUACACAGUAGCAGUCGUCAGUCGUCAGUCGUCAGUCGCGGGCCCAUUCCAAAAUCAGCGACCACACCGUCAGGCCCUUCCCAGCCCACCACCUCCAUCCUCUUGCAGCCCAAGUUGCGCAGUGCCCGCUGCCCACUGCCCACUGCCCCAUCCAGUCCCUCUCUGCAUCGAACCACAGCUUACCCACAUUGUCAUGGAAGGGGACCAUGAGCGCCAUUCUCUCCAAUAGGACCUCCAGGCGAUGUGCAAGCAGAUCGCAUAGAAGAAGGAGAGCUUGCAAUGAGCUCGUCGUCCCCAUCCCCGCCGGCCGGCCCGCCAGGGCCUGCUGAACGGCCCUCAAAGAGGAGUAAAAUGCCAAACGGCACCUUCAUCGACCCACAGACGGGCCAGCGAUCCCGCCGGCAGUUCACCUUGCGCGGUGCCUUUCGUGAUCGCGGUCGCACCAACACUGGCGAUAGUCAUGUCUCGAUACACCCAUUCUUCUCACGUGAGACCUUCUCCGAGAGGUUGGAUGCACUCGGCCAUAAUGCGAAGGCGUCCGUCAUCAACAGCUGGGCGUGGCUCAAGUCCCCCAGUGGGAGGGGGGUCCUGAAAUGCGUCCUAGCCUACUCCCUCGGCAGCUUGUUCACGCUGUGGGAGCCGCUCUCCGACUUUCUGGGCCGGCCAGACGGCAAGCAUGUCGUCGCCACCAUCACUGUCUAUUUCCACCCUGCGAGGACGGCCGGCUCCAUGAUCGAAGGCACCCUCAUCGCCAUAAUAGCCGUUGUCUACGCUGAGAUCAUCUCUAUAUGUUCAAUGGCUACCUCCGUCUUCUUCGGCUCAACCCUUCACAUGGUUGCCGUCGCGUACGCCCUGGUGCUUCUGAUAUUCGUCUGCGGUGCUUUCGGGUUCGUUGGGUGGGUAAAGCAGAGGAUGAACAACCCUCAAGUGAACGUUGGCAGCACGCUGGCUUCGCUGUCCAUGAUCAGCAUCCUGACAAAGGAGAACGCUGUGCAGGAACACGUCUUCUCGAACCAGAAGAUCGUCCAGGUCUUGAAAAUGUUGAUCUGCGGAAUCUGUAUUACGGUUGCGGUAAAUCUUACGCUUUGGAGGACAUCCGCGAGAGCACAGCUGCGGGACGGCAUGACCAAGGCCUCGAGCUCCCUUGGCGAAAUGCUGACUAUGAUAACACACGGCUUCCUGAGUGGGUCAGAGGAGGAAUGGUCGACACCCGAGUUUACCAAGGCUUCGGCCGGGUACAACGCUGCCUACGCCAAGAUGUCCAAGAAUCUGAGGGAGGCGAAAUUCGAGCAUUAUUUCUUGGGCGACGAGAAGAUAUACCAGCUAGACAAGGCUGUCUACAAGUCAAUGGAGAACCUGGCACAGUCGAUCGGUGGAUUAAGAAGCGCAGCCAACACUCAAUUCGCCUUGCUAAAGGAGCCCCCCGAGCCCGGUUCUGGCAACGUUUCUCCCGGCCAACUCUCUCCGACCCUCUACCGGACCUUUUCGUCGAGUAUGAGGAGCCAUCUUCCGACCCUCUCAGCAAUCGAUGAAGGGUCGGACGAGAGUGAUGACGAGCAGUCCAUUCACGGUCCCCCGUCAAGCACCCCAACUUUCCGCUCACCAAGCGACAUAUUCAGUCUGUUUAUCGCAUUGCUUGGGCCCUCGAUGAAGUCCUUGGCCUUCACAUUGUCCGAAAUACUUAGCGAGCCGCCAUUUGGAGAGGCGCCAGACUACGAUAUUAUGAUCAACGACCACUUUCGACAGAGUCUCUUCGACGCGCUAUCAUUAUUCAACGAAAAUCGAGCAAAAGCGCUUGAAGAACUGUACAAAAAUAUAGAACACGGACGGUUGAGGUCCGAUAAGAUCAAAGCCGACUUUGAGGAGGUGGCUGCAGCAUGUGGCCAUUUCAGUUUCAGCCUUCAGAGCUUCGGCGAGGAAAUGAGUAAAUACCUAGAUGUCUUAGACGACCUCAAAUACGCGACAGAGCACAAGCGACGGAGCUGGCAGUUUCUGGCCUUGUGGAAGGAGUUACAUCAGCGGCAGACCAGAGCCCCUCUACUGCCUUUCGAGGUUGAACCAGAAGCGAUCGUGAGGCCGAUCAGGAGGUCGCAGCUGCCGCGAGGUGUUCCUGACCAGAUGAUUCGACGCAGGGACACCUUCAGCUGGGAGGCAGAGCCCUCAGCCAGCGAUGUUGUCAGAAUGUUGUCACAGAGAUUCCUGCUAUUCUUGCGGUUUCUAGCCCGAGAUGACAUUCGCUUUGGCAUCAAAGUUGGUGUUGGCGCUAUGCUCUGGGCCAUGCUUGCCUUCAUUCCCGACACCAAGCCGAUAUACAUGCAUUGGAGAGGCGAAUGGGGUCUUCUGUCUUUCAUGAUUGUGUGCUCCAUGACCUCGGGCGCCGCCAACACCACGGGUACCACCAGAUUUCAGGCGACUGUUUGCGGGGUGAUAUUCGCAGUGAUCAACUGGACUGUCAGCCAAGGCAAUGGUGUGGCACUCCUCUUCCUUGGCGCACUGGUCGCCUUCGGCAGCUUCUGGAUCGUCAUCGUCCAGAACAAAGUUUCUUUUGGCCGAACAGUUCUCCUCGCUUAUAACGUCUCUUUGCUCUACGCCUACCUUAUUGCGAAUAGAGUGGACGACGAUGACGACGAUGAAGGGGGGGAGACGCCCUACAUUGGCCAAAUUAGUCUGCACCGAGCACUUGCCGUCUCCGCAGGCAUCCUUUGGGGAUUGAUAGUUUGCAGGCUCGUUUGGCCGAUUUCGGCGCGCAAAAAGUUCCGCGAGGGUAUCUCAGUAUUGUACCUACAGAUGGGUCUUAUCUGGAAGCGUGGGCCAUUGGCUAUCCUUCUACGCAGCGACUGCUCGCGAUCCUACCUCAAGUCGGGCGAACAGGCUGCACUACAGCGGUAUGCCUCGCGACUAGAAGUAUUCCGACAGUCCGCCGUAUCCGAGUUUGAGUUGCGUGGGCCGUUUCCCUACGAAGCUACGGGGCGGAUCAUGCGCAGUACGAACCGGCUGCUCGAUGCCUUUUAUGCCAUGAGUCUCGUCACCCAACGCCGUGGCCAACUCUCGGAUGGAGAGAAGGCCCUACUCCUUUUCACGGCAAGGGAGCGUGCAGUGCUCUGCGAACGCAUUUGCCAUGUCUUCCAGGUAUUGGCAAGCUGUUUGAUGCUCGAGUACCCCCUGACAGACGCGAUUCCCAGCGUCACUGGAAUCCGAGACGAGCUACUUGGCAAAAUUUUCCUGUUCCGCAAAGAGCACGCUACAGCCAUGAGAGAGAAGAAGGAGCGGGAGGCCGCUGAGGCAGGAGAACCACCACACCGGGACGUCAACGGCACCGACGACAACGGCCACACCAAUGGUAAUGGCGAUGCACCGGGGUCGCCAAAACCAAUCGCCGUAGCCCGGCGUGGCAGCAGUAGCAGCAAGAGAAGCCACAGCAUUGGCCAUUCGGCACUCAGUGGGAGUCUGGCCGGCCAGGUACACCUCGAGGAAAAAGACUACGCUCUGCUGUAUGCGUACGCGCUAGUCACAGGUCAAGUCGCCGAAGAGCUCAAGAUUGUUAGAAAGGAAGUCGAGGGCCUGUUUGGCGUGCUGAAUGAGGAGGUGCUGUUGUUGCAAUAGAGCCGGAAGGAUUUCUGAGCACGUAUUGUGGACGGCCACCGUCGGCUAGCAGAUAAAUAGCCACGGCAGGCUUGAUGAGGAUAUACAUGAUGGAGUUCAAGGAUCCGGGAAAAGUAUUCAGCAUUCUUCAUACACGAGACUGUGCUGGAAAGAGGUAGUGGUUAUCCUGUUUGUUCGAGCACGGUGUUUCGGUCGUACUGGAUGGGCCGCAGUACAAGUCAUACCCAGAGAGAAAUUGCAUAGUGACUGUUUUCGAAAGCAGUUUUUCAUAUGUGUGUUUGGAAUCACCACUUCUUCCAAGACCUCGGGUGCUUUAGUGGUCACCGCACUUCUCAGAAAGAGAAUUCUGAAACGGCUGGCCGGUGCUCACUGGUGCCCAAGUAAGACACACCAUGCGCAUUCAUUGCCAGGACGUGCACCAAGAUGUCUUGUCAUGACCAAG